ACCCCCCCUGCCGCGCCCAGCCGCGCGCUUCCAAAUCUCUGCAGCUAGCGCGCAGCGGAGCAACCAGCGCCCCAGAUCCGCUCCAGCCCCCCAGCCGCCUCUCCGGGCCCCCAGCGCCGCCCCCCAGCCGCCUCUCCGGGCCCCCCAGCCAGGUGACCCCACCAUGCCGAUCCAGCGCGUCAAGUCCGUGGGCAACACGCAGGCUCUGACCUCGCAGCUGGGCAUCGUCCGCCUGCUGGAGGCGCUUUUCGCCUGCGUCACCUUCAGCCUGGUGGUGCACCAGGGGGGCUGGGGUGGCCGUAACGGUGACUGGUGCAUGUUCUGCUGGUGCUUCUGCUUUGCCAUGACGCUGCUGGUGCUGCUGGUGGAGUUCGUCGGGCUCCAGCACCGCAUACCCGUCUCCUGGAAGAACUUCCCCAUCACCUUCGCCAUGUACGCCACCCUCAUGUGCCUCUCGGCCUCCGUCAUCUACCCGGUCACCCACAUCCAGCACAGUGCCGCCUAUGGCAAAACCAAGGACUACCGCAUCGCUGCCACCGUCUUCUCCUGCCUCACCUGCCUGGCCUACUCGGUGGAGGUGACCAUGACCCGGGCCAGGCCGGGCGAGGUGACGGGCUACAUGGCCUCCGUGCCCGGGCUGCUGAAGGUGGUAGAGACCUUCGUGGCCUGCAUCAUCUUCGUCUUCAUCAGCGAGCCGGUCUCCUACAACAGCCACGAGGCGCUGAAGUGGUGCCUGGCCGUCUACUGCAUCUGCUUCAUCCUCUCGCUGGUGGUCAUCGUGCUGUGCAUCGGGGAGUGCACCGGCUGGCUGCCCUGCGCCUUCAAUAAGUUCCUCAGUGGCUACACGCUGCUGGCCGUGCUCAUGUACGCCACGGCCACCGUCAUCUGGCCCAUCUUCAAAUUCGACAGCAAGCAGGGUGGCGAGCCGCGCCGGCCCUCCUCCUGCCGCGACAAAAGCUUCUGCUACUGGGAUAAGUUGGUGGCCAUCGCCGUGCUGACGGCCAUCAACCUGCUGGUCUACCUGGCCGACCUGGUGUACUCUGCCCGGCUCAUCUUCAUCCAGGCCUAGCCGCGCCGGGGCUGCUGGGAUGGCUGGGGGUAAGGGCUGGGCUCCCACCGGGUUCUCCGGAUCUCAUCUGUCUGUCUUGUUCUCUCAUUCAUUUCUCUUCUUUUCUUUCCUUCUUCUUGCAUCCUUUUUCUCUCUCAUUUAUUUUUUCUUUCUUUCUUUUUCUUUUUCUAUUUCAUUUACUGUCUUUAUCUUUCAUUCAUUCUUUUCCUUUAUCCCUCUUGUCUUUCUUAUUUAUUCUUUGCUCUCUUGCUUUUCUUUCAUUUCCUCUCAUUCAUUCAUUUAUUCGUUUCCUUUUUUUCCUGUCAUGUAUUUAUUCAUUUAUUUUCUUUCUCUCUCUUUCGGUCGUUCUCAUUUAUUCCUCCUUUUCUUGGAGCUCUCUCUCACUUUCUUUUCUUUCACUUAGUCUUUUGUUCUUUUACUCUCAUUUUCUUGCUUUCAUUCUUUUUCCUUCUCCCCCCCUCCUCCUCCCCAGCACUCCCCGUCCAGGCGUACCCACUCCCUUGUAAUAACAAUGUUAUUCUUUUUGCCUUAGCCCGGCCCUUUAAGAACCCCUUUGCCUCCCCUCCACGGUGGCUGGGGGUGGGAGUGGGGGAGGAAUCAUGGCUGACCACGGGCCAUUCUGUACCUUUUCUCCAGCGGGAGCUGCGGUGGAUGAAAAAUUAGUGGCCUGGUGGGCAGGGCCCAGUGACACUGGGGCCUUUUAACCCAACACCUCCAAUCCCAGAAGAAGUGGGGGGAGGAACAGGGGGGAGGGCAGGAAAGAGGUGACAACUCCCCUUUAAUGGAAAUAUUUGUCUAGUGAUUAAAAAUGCUUGCCUGCCGGCAUCUUAAAGGUAAUGGGUGCACUCUGCACCUCCUAAGAAAAAGCCACUAGUGGUUAAACAGCAUGCAGCCUUUAAUGAAAAUAUUUGUCUGGAGGUCAAAAUCCCCUUGCCUGUUGGAGCCUUAAAGGUAAAUCACAGAAUCAGCCCUCUAGCUGGAAAUUUAAAAGCAGCAAAAAAACCAAAAAAAAAAACCCACCCCAAACCCCAUUUGCUUGGUUCUUGAAUAUUUAUCCAGGGGUUUUAAAUAGUCCUGGCGGCCAUUAUCUUAAAGGUGAUGUCGCCGGACCUGUGCCUCACAGUGCUAGAAUGUAGCUAGCUGCUUACAUCUGUCCAGUCUCUCUUUUUGUAUCAUUCAUCUGGUUUUUUUUAUACAUCUAUUUUUUACACUGGUAUAAACGCAGACAAAAAGUAUUAUGGUCCUCGCUGCAAGUGUUGGUGUCACCAUUGAGGUAGCAAAUUACAGGAGGUGGGUUAGAUUUGUAUAAAUAUAUAGAGAGAAAACAAUAAAUGACUGAAAGAUA